GCUCUGCUUCCAAUGUUUACUUCUCCGGCAUGUCUUCUCCAGCCAGGGGAAAGUAAUGCUUUGUUUCGGUGAAGAUAAUUUCAUAGCGAGUAUAUCGAAAAGCCACCAUGUUUGUACGACAUAUAUUCAAACUGCUGUACGGAUAAUGCGCCAGCUGCCAGCACUUUGAACAGUUGGACAGCUUCCUCUCACGGGAAGCGAGCUGUUGUCGACAGUUGCAGAUCCUCUCCGGCUCCAUGAUGGCGAUGUUUCGGAGCUUUGUCUCGGCGAGCACCCAGCUCCGUCAGCAGCAGCCGCAACAGCAGCAGCCCAGCAGCGGCUCAGGCUCCCCGGCAGCCCCGGCUGAGGGCAUCGAGAGCCAGUUCUCCUGUCCUAUCUGCCUGGAGGUCUACCACAAACCCGUCAGCAUCGCCAGCUGUGCUCACACGUUCUGUGGGGAGUGUCUGCAGCCGUGUCUUCAGGUGACCUCACCCCUCUGCCCUCUCUGUCGUGUGCCCUUUGACCCCAAGAAAGUGGAGCGCUCCUCCAGUGUGGAGAAGCAGCUGGCCUCAUACAAAGCACCCUGCAGGGGCUGUAGCAAGAAGGUGGCUCUGGCGAAGAUGAGGUCCCACAUUGCUUCCUGUUCUAAAGUACAGGAGCAGAUAGCCAACUGUCCCAAGUUUGUCCCUGUGGUCCCCACCUCCCAACCUAUACCAAGCAAUAUUCCAAACCGGUCAACAUUUGUGUGUCCAUUCUGUGGGGCCAGGAACCUGGACCAGCAGGAACUGGUGAAGCACUGUAUGGACAACCACCGUAAUGACCCCAAUAAAGUGGUGUGUCCAGUGUGUUCAGCCAUGCCGUGGGGAGACCCCAGCUAUAAGAGCUCCAACUUCCUCCAGCAUCUUCUCCACAGACACAAGUUCUCCUAUGACACCUUUGUUGACUACAGCAUUGAUGAAGAGGCAGCACUGCAGGCAGCUCUGGCACUGUCACUGGCUGAAAACUGACGAGUCCCACCACCAUCGUCCUCCUCACUGUUAGCACAAACUCCACCAUAACUGCUGUCACCCUGGUCCCGCUGCACUGCUGCUGUUCCUCCCUGACUGAGAAGGUGUCAUCCAUCCAACAGACACACCUGACCCUCACAGUGUGUGCAGAGAUCCGACUCACUGAGACGUCCAGCCAGUUUUGGAUUAGGUGAUAAACUCUGUCUUUUCACACCAAGGAUAUUUGUAUUCUGGUGUAAUAUUAGUGUAAGCGUUACAAAACAACGGGAGUUUGGAUGUACUGGAUCUUCACUGCUUCAUUUGGACUUAAUGAUUUGAAGACAGAGGAUCCUGUGGGUUUGGAGUGGAUCCAGUGGUCCAGACCACUUCUGAAUGUGGUCUGAGUGAUCGGAUCUCAAAUGUGUCCUCAAUGCGUCUUGGGUGCGUUCACACCUGAACUUAAAGCUGAUCACUGGUGAUCAGAUCACCUGAGACAGAUGUUAACACCAGGUUUGAACAGGGCCUUCACCCUUCACCAGUAGUUCAGGUCUCUGACAACUCAGCUCAGCUCAGUAGGACAUGAAGAGCUGGAGCUGUUCGUAGUGCAGUAACAUGGUAACACUUGAAGUGGUACUGUCCAUGACAUCCUCUAAUGGUCAUGGUCUGUAGGUUUGAGGACCACACCAUAAGUUGGGAACAUCCCCUCUCCCCCUCAA